GGAAACGGAGCCAUGAAAGUGGUCACGGUGCAUUUCACGUGCGAUGCGCCCGUCACGAUGCUGAAAUACUUCCGUGCAUAUCGCUGAACGCGGGUGUAAUGAUAACGGUGGCAAUACCAAGAUGUUGCAUUUUUUAAAUUUAUUACAUCGCGAAGACUUGACCAAAAAUAUCUGGCGAUUGGGACUAUUCCACUUGCAAGCAGAGGGAGAGGCGCGUACAACUCGGGCCAGGUGGUUGGUGCCUGCAGUCUUGUGUGCAGUGCAAUAACUGCUGUGUUCGUCAAUGAGCUACAUUAAUUGGAGAGAAAUCCGUGCAACCUGAACGAUGGCUGGGACGAAACUGAAACCAUCCUCUUCGGAGCCAGAGGCAGUGAUGAAGGCUGGAUCAAAGAACGCCAAGAAUGCAAACGUAAACAGUUCCCCCAAGCCACCCCGGAGGAUGGGAUCUUUAGGGAGUGACUACGGACUGAGGGUGCAGGUGGAAUUCUACGUGAACGAGAACACCUUCAAGGAGCGACUUAAACUCUUCUUCAUCAAAAACCAAAGAUCAAGCUUAAGAAUACGACUCUUUAACUUCUCCUUGAAGGUGCUCACAUGCGUUCUGUACAUCGUACGAGUUUUGCUGGACCAUCCCGAAGAAGGAAUUGGAUGUUGGGGAUGUUCAAAGCAGAAUUACACCGCCAGUCCAACAUCUGAUCUCAUCAAUUGGGCACCUAUACUUUGGGUGAACAGAAGUCUAUCACUGUGGGGAAUUCAGGUUACAGUGGCUUCAAUAAGCUUUCUGGAGACUAUGCUCCUCACGUAUUUAAGUUACAAGGGAAAUAUCUGGGAACAGAUUUUCCGAAUAUCUUUUCUCCUUGAAAUGAUCAACACUGUUCCCUUCAUUGUCACUAUUUUUUGGCCGCCCUUGAGGAAUCUCUUCAUCCCAGUGUUUCUAAACUGCUGGCUAGCCAAACAUGCACUGGAGAACAUGAUUAAUGAUUUGCAUCGAGCCAUUCAGAGAACGCAGUCUGCCAUGUUCAACCAAGUGUCAAUACUGAUCUGCACUCUACUCUGCCUUGUCUUCACUGGAGCCUGUGGAAUCCAGCAUUUGGAGAGAGCAGGAGACAAUCUGUCAUUUUUCAACUCUCUCUACUUCUGCAUUGUCACCUUCUCUACAGUUGGAUUUGGGGAUGUGACUCCACAGAUCUGGCCUUCACAACUACUUGUGGUCAUCAUGAUAUGUGUUGCUUUGGUGGUAUUGCCUCUCCAGUUUGAAGAGCUUGUUUACCUGUGGAUGGAAAGGCAGAAGUCUGGUGGGAAUUACAGUCGACAUCGAGCACAGACAGAGAAACACGUUGUGCUCUGUGUCAGCUCCUUAAAAAUCGACCUGCUAAUGGACUUCCUCAAUGAAUUUUAUGCUCAUCCCAGGCUGCAGGAUUACUAUGUGGUCAUCCUGUGUCCAACUGAGAUGGAUCUCCAGGUGCGCAGAGUGUUGCAGAUUCCUCUCUGGUCCCAGCGGGUCAUUUACCUGCAGGGGUCGGCGUUGAAAGACCAAGAUCUCAUGAGAGCUAAGAUGGAUGACGCAGAAGCCUGUUUCAUUCUGAGCAGCCGCAAUGAAGUGGAUCGUACAGCAGCGGAUCAUCAGACGAUCUUGAGAGCAUGGGCUGUAAAGGACUUUGCCCCAAACUGCCCCCUCUACGUUCAGAUACUGAAGCCAGAAAAUAAGUUUCAUGUCAAGUUUGCAGAUCAUGUAGUUUGUGAAGAGGAGUUUAAAUAUGCCAUGUUAGCCUUGAAUUGCAUCUGCCCUUCCACCUCAACUCUCAUCACUCUCUUGGUACAUACAUCUAGGGGACAGGAAGGACAACAGUCCCCAGAACAGUGGCAGAGGAUGUAUGGUCGGUGCUCGGGGAAUGAGGUCUAUCACAUUAAACUCACCGACAGCAAGUUCUUUGGAGAAUAUGAAGGGAAGAGUUUCACCUACGCUUCAUUCCAUGCCCACAAAAAGUAUGGUGUCUGCCUGAUAGGUGCAAAGAAAGAGGACAACAAGAGCAUCUUGCUCAACCCUGGACCUCGGUACAUCAUGGCCAGUUCAGACAUCUGCUUCUACAUCAAUAUCACCAAAGAAGAAAACUCCGCAUUCAUCUUCAAAGAGGAAGAGAAACAAAAGCGACAAUGCCUGACUCCAGGGGGCAUCUUCAGUGGACCUUCCAGGCUACCUGUCCACAGCAUCAUUGCCAGUAUGGGCACAGUUGCCAUGGAUCUACAGAAUACAGAGUGCCGCCCAUCCAGUCGCACCACUUUGAAUCUGCCUACGGAGAAUGGAGCUGGAGGGCGAAGGCCCAGCAUUGCACCCGUCCUGGAAAUCGCAGACACUUCUGCCAUUCUGCCCUGUGAUCUCUUAAACGACCAGUCGGAAGAUGAAGCAAAUCCGUCUGAUGAUGAGAGCUCGCCUACCCCCGAGUACGUGAAAGGAUACCCUCCCAAUUCGCCUUACAUUGGAAGUUCUCCAACUCUCUGCCAUCUAUUACCUGUGAAGGCUUCAUUCUGCUGCCUGAGAUUAGACAGGGGGUGUAGGCACAACAGCUUUGAAGAUGCAAAAGCCUAUGGCUUCAAGAACAAGUUGAUCAUUGUGUCUGCUGAGACUGCAGGCAAUGGACUGUACAAUUUCAUUGUCCCACUCCGAGCCUACUACAGGCCCAGGAAAGAACUGAAUCCUAUUGUUCUGCUGCUGGACAACCCGCCAGAUAAUCAUUUUUUGGAGGCCAUCUGCUGUUUCCCCAUGGUUUACUUCAUGGCAGGAAGCAUUGAUAACCUGGAUAAUCUACUCCAGUGUGGGAUUAUUUACGCUGAUAACCUGGUGGUCGUGGACAAAGAGAGUACAAUGAGUGCUGAAGAGGAUUACAUGGCUGACGCCAAGACCAUUGUCAAUGUUCAAACCAUGUUCAGGUUGUUCCCCAGCCUCAGCAUCAUUACAGAGCUGACUCACCCAUCAAACAUGAGGUUCAUGCAGUUUCGAGCCAAGGAUUGUUAUUCUCUUGCACUUUCCAAGUUAGAAAAGAAGGAACGUGAAAAGGGCUCCAAUUUGGCAUUCAUGUUCCGUCUCCCGUUUGCUGCUGGGAGGGUGUUCAGCAUCAGUAUGUUGGACACACUGCUUUAUCAGUCCUUUGUUAAAGAUUACAUGAUUCCAAUCGCACGGUUGUUACUUGGACUUGACACUACCCCGGGCUCCGGAUAUCUUUGUGCUAUGAAAAUCACUGAGGAUGAUUUAUGGAUCCGCACAUACGGAAGGCUCUUUCAGAAACUCUGCUCUUCAAGUGCCGAAAUCCCAGUUGGGAUUUACAGAACAGAGUUGCACUUAUUUUCAACAUCUGAGUCACAGAUCUCAAUCAACGUUGACGAGUGUGAGGACACAAAGGAGGGGAAAGACCACUGGGGCGGCAAGAGUCACCGCAACUCAACAGCCAGUGACCAGUCAGAGCACCCGUUGCUGAGACGCAAGAGCAUGCAGUGGGCGCGAAGGCUGAGCAGGAAGGGAAACAGGCACGCCAGUAAAGCUGACGAAAAGAUCAGCCAGCAGAGACAGAACCUGUACCACCGGACAGAAUGGCAAGAGUUGUCCGAAUUGGUGAAAAACAGAAUGAAGCAUCUGGGACUCCCCACUACAGGAUACGAGGAUGUAGCAAAUUUAACAGCCAGUGAUGUGAUGAAUCGUGUAAAUCUUGGAUAUUUGCAAGAUGAGAUGAACGACCAUCAGAAUACAUUAUCGUAUGUUCUGAUUAACCCGCCACCUGACACGCGACUGGAACUGAAUGAUAUUGUGUACCUGAUUCGUUCCGACCCACUGGCCAAUGUUCAAAAUGGUUCAAGCAGCCUGAAGAGCAAGCCCUGCAGGUUGUUCCCAUCCAAUGAGGAGGCAAAGAAUGAAACGGAACUAUAAAUGCUGGAUCCCUGCCAAUUUGUAAGACACCACCUUGAUUUUACAAAAAUGACAACAUACUGUUUAUGCACAGAAGAUGGUCCGACUGACACCUUGAAACAAAGCAAUGCUGAUUGAAAUUUUGCAUUACCAAAUACGACCAGUUUACAAAUUGAAAUAGAUCACCGAGGUUACUCUGAUUAGACCUUGAACUACAGCAGGUUUAAUGGAACUAUGCCAAUUGAGAAUCAGCAUUGACUCAGACUAAAGCAACAUAUGAAGAAAAUGUUUACUUGAUAUAUUAUGCAUAAUUUCAGGUCCAGAUAGUGGACUUAUUUUAUAUAUUUUUGUACCAUGUAGAAUGGGACAUGUUGUUUAUUUAUUUAAACUCAACCUACUUGGGACAAGUGGUCCUAUUUCUAUUAUUGGAGAGCAGACUAUCUUGAUACUGUCUCUCAGAUAGUAUUUGUGACUCAGAUGUGUGUACAGGUAUGGCAUGAACUUUCUUUCCAUUGUCCAGGUGCUGAUGUUGCUGUGUCAAAUUAAUUCAAUGAUCCUUUGGUGCCAAAAGGACAAAUGCUUUCAAGAUCUUUUUCUACAUAAAUGUGCUUGGACAAUUGUUAUAGGAUAAUCGCUGGAGCUAUUUGAUCUCCGAUCCAUUUUGCACAGUUAGUAAUUUCUCAUCGCUGGUUUGAAUGGAAAGUGGUGCCUUCAGUCUGACCCAUCGUUGGGCUAAAUCAUCAAUUGCCAACUAGAAUUGCCACUAAGGAACAGUGGACAAAAAUGUGAAAAAUAUCAGGAAAAAUGUGCAGGCAAGAAAGCAUCAGUCCAUAUUCAUUUGGAACAAAUUGCUUGAACAAUUUUAAUGGAGGUGAGUGUGCAAGGGAACGUGUGCAUUUGUAUUGCACACUAUUGAGAUAGUUGCAGAACAUAUAUUUAUUUUGUUAUCAAAUUCUGGCAUGUCAUUGUCUAUCACAAAGAAUGGGAAACAUACAGGUGGUAGUCUGCGGCUAUACAACGUUUUGACUGUGUCGACACAUUGCUCUUUGUGUAGAGGAAGACCCCGAGGUACAGAACAUUAGAAUCUAAAACAGAAAAUACCGUAACUAGAAUUCCGGUGCACCAACAUAACUCUAUUUCAGGACUGCAAUAGAAUACUUCAAAAUAAAUUGCAUAGAUCUUUCUCACCACAUCUAAAGCUGGAGUUUGGACAGUUCAUGGAAACUACAUGAGAUGACUGUGGCGAUCGUCAGGCUUAUUUGGGAAAAUACAAGUUAGCAUGUACGUCCAGUUACUGAAACAUAUAGAGCCUCAAACUCAACAAAGUUGUCAUUUGUCCCUCUCAUGCCUCUGGACUUCAAUGCAAGGAUGAUGUGGUCCAUAGUGCCUCGUUUGUGGCAUUUAUUUGUCAGCAUUCAUGGUGUCUGGUUUCACACCCACCUUCCAUCAAAGCUCAGGUUCAAAUCCCUGUGAUACUGCAGAUACAAGCCCAUCUACAGGGAAGUUGUACGUAAGCUGUGGAACUCUCAAGCUUCUGAGGACAUUGAAACACAUUCAGCAUGCUACUUAUCUGACCCAGCCAAGGUAUGGAUACUUAACAGAGUACCAAGUGCACCUUGCAAGUAAGCUACAUGCACCCAUGGCACUGCAUCAACUGUAAGCUUCUAGCUGUUUAGUAUUGCUGCACCUGUUGUAAAUGGAAAUAGCAACAAAUCUGAAUGUAAAGUACUUUCAAAAUGAGCAAAGAGCUUUUGCUAGGGCUGCUGAGACCAGAAAAUAGUUCUUGUGUGAUCUAUUUGGUAAUUGUAUGAGUCUACUUGAACAAUAACGCUUUUGCCUUUUGUUACAUCUGCAAAACACCCAAACUACUAAAAAAAACUCCAGCUGGUGCAGAGCAAGAGCCUUGGCACAACUAAUGACUCAUUCAAGGAUUCAGAACAGAACACUGCCAACUUCAAACUUAACAUUGAAUGCAUAAAUGGUGAUAAGUACCAGUUCAGACAUACGUACAAAAUAACUUGUCACCGAAUUUUAAAACCUGCAUGCGUUUAGUAUUUGGGUGUUGGCAAUAACUCACUAAGAAUGAUUUUUCUCCCACAAUUAAACGGUGGGAGGCCAUUAAUGAUACUCUCAUUCUGGUUUAGUGUCAACUUAUUCCACCACCCCACUUCAUCCCCCACUGGGGCCCCUCACCCUCCAAGCUUGGCCUCUCUGCUGAAUGAAUAUGUUGCAAUACUACAGAUGAAAUGCCUUGAUGUUUUUACAUGAAUUAAAGUCAAUCUGAUCAGAUUUCCGCAGAUUGUUUGGUUUACAACUGGAGUAACAACAUAUCAUUUUGGGGAGAGGCGAAUUAAAAAUUAUUUUUAACAGCAUCUAUUUCUUUAAAACAGAUCUAUCAUUACAUAUUAUAUCAUGAAAGUGUGUCUUUUUCAUCACGUAUUUUAAAGAGAGCAUUGAAUUUGAUACCUGUUGCCUGUGAUCUUCCAGUGCACCUCCCAUUUUUCCAAUUGCAAACAACAUAUUAAAGGAUCGUUUUUACUUUUUUCUUGUACCUCUCAACUGUAAUAUAUUGCUUUGAAAGAAAAGUGUCAUAAUUUUAUACUGUUAAAUGAAGUGCCCAUGAAUGUUAAAUCAGAAAUAAAUUGCUGCAUGCAGCCGAUGAUUGACUUUCAGGAA